AUGUUGAAGAACUUUUGCAAUGCUUAUGUGUCCAGAAAGAUAAGCAACCCCGCUCCUCAAUGCACUGAAGAAGACCGUUUUUGCGGAUCGCAAACUAGAGUCACCGUGGCCUCGAGUGAAGGGAAAGUAAACGGUGUCAUACGAUCGAAUGAGCCGCUGCCGCUGACGGUCGAUGAGCUCACCAAGUAUUGGUUCGCCCAGAUUCUCAACAGACCUGUUCAGAAUGUUGAAGUUAUCGAGACUAUCCACGGAACGGCUUCCAAAAUCCUGAUCAAAUUGACAUUCAAGAAUGGUACCGAUAACAGCGCCAGUAAUAUUUGCGUCAAAGGCGGUUUCAAUCCCGACAUACGAGAAUUUUUGCCUUUCCUCUACGCUAUUUACCGCCAUGAGGCUGAGUUCUACUACUACCUUGCUCUAAAGCUAAAGAUCCCGCUUCUACCGGUAUUGUAUGCUGGUACAGAUACCGUGAAUGGACAGGGUAUCGUUGUGAUGGCCAAUCUCAAAGCUCAGGGCUACACAUUCAGUAACCCACUUGAGACAUGGUCAGUUGAGAGAGCGAGGAUGAGUGUUAAGCAGCUCGCCAUCCUUCAUGCCAGUACCUGGGGAGAUAAAGGUGACUCGAUUCCCUCAGUGAGCGGGACUGUUACAAUCAGAGAUGCAAUCUUAGGUUUGCUCGCCCCAAAGGAAUGGGAUAAACGUUUUGGUCCAGAUGCGAGACCUCCAGUUCCUAGGUUUAUGGAGGAUAGAGAGCGCAUGACUGCGACAUUCAAGGCUCUUUGGGAAUCAGACUCCAAAAUGAAGUGCCUCGUCCAUGGCGAUGCACACAUUGGAAACACAUUCAUAACCCCCACAGGAGAGCCUGGUUUUCUUGACUGGCAGAUCAUCCAUGCUGCACCGGACUUGCACGAUGUUGCCUACGCCCUGAAGCACGCGGACGGUUCGAAACUCGAGAUCGAGGAUUUUGAGGAAGAGUACCAACGAGAAACCUUUCACGGCUUUGCAUGGGCCCUUGCUGGGCCACUGAUGCAGAGCCGCGAGAUUGUUCAUGCCAUGGUGGAACGACACUGCGCCGCGACUGUAGAUCACAAGAGUAUAGAAUUACUAGAGGGCCAGAAGGUGUGA